AUGGCUCAAAAAGCGAAGAAGGACCGCGCCAAGUCUAACGCCGUGGCGCUCAACAACCUUCACAUCGGAUCACUCAUUAUAAAUGCCCUCUUCAUCCUCGCCCACUUCCUCUUCCGCACUCGCUCCAUCUGGCUCUACGGGUUCCUUUCAGCACCCGCGUUUAUCUGCGAGUAUGUUCUCGAGUACUCCGGUCGCCCCAAGUACGACCCGAGCACCCGCGCACUGCGCACCUCUGGCGAGGAUCUGUCCUCUCCUGGUCUGACUGAGUACAUGUUCGACGUCAUAUGGGUCACCUGGGCUACAGUGAUUAUGGUUAUUUUCUUUGGCAACAAGGCAUGGUUCUUUUGGCUCGUCCUCCCUGCAUAUGGCGUGUAUCUGGGCAGUGGUUUGCUCGGUAUGGGAAAGCAGAAAAUGGCCGAGUUCCAAGGAGCUGGUGAUGGCGCCGGUGCUGGUGCAGCCCCCCCAGGUAAUCGCAGGGCGCGCCGGGCUGCUUAA